AAGUAGUUCGCGUUGCCGAUUUCCGUUUCCGGGUCCCCGGGCGCAGUGAGUGAGGUCGGUGUAGCGGCGGCGGCCUCCUCCUGUGGGUGGCGGGUACCAUGGCGGAGCUGGUGCCUGGACAGAGCGCGGCUCCCGUGGGGAUCAAGGCCGAGGGAUUGGCGGACGCGCUGCACCACCGGGUCCGGCAGAUCGCUGCUAAAAUCGAUGGAAUCCCACACUUGAAUAAUUCCGGACCACUCGUGGACCCUUCAUUGUAUGGCUAUGGGAUCCAGAAGAGACCGCUCGAUGACGGAGUCGGUAACCAGCUAGGGGCCCUGGUACAUCAAAGAACUGUGAUGACAGAAGAAUUUAAAGUGCCUGACAAGAUGGUGGGAUUCAUUAUCGGACGGGGAGGGGAACAGAUUUCAAGAAUCCAGACAGAAUCCGGAUGCAAGAUUCAGAUUGCCCCAGAUAGCGGAGGAAUGCCGGAGAGACCCUGCGUCCUUACCGGAGCACCGGAGAGCAUUGAGCACGCAAAGCGUCUCCUGAGUCAGAUCGUGGAACGCUGCCGGAACGGGCCUGGUUUCCAUAACGACAUGGAUGGAAACAGCACAGUCCAGGAAAUCCUCAUCCCGGCUUCCAAAGUUGGCUUGGUCAUCGGCAAAGGAGGGGAGACCAUCAAACAGCUUCAGGAGAGAACCGGCGUUAAAAUGAUCAUGAUUCAAGACGGCCCAUUACCUACUGGUGCUGACAAGCCCCUUCGGAUCACGGGAGACCCAUUUAAAGUGCAGCAAGCAAGAGAUUUGGUCCUGGAAAUUAUCAGAGAAAAGGACAUCGCUGACUUCAGAGGGGUGCGCAGUGAUCUGAGCUCCAGGAUGGGGGGCAGCGUAGAGGUCUCUGUACCGAGGUUCGCCGUAGGAAUUGUAAUUGGUAGAAACGGAGAGAUGAUCAAAAAGAUUCAGAAUGACGCCAGCGUAAGAAUCCAGUUCAAGCCAGAUGACGGAAUCAGCCCUGAGAGAGUGGCGCAAAUAAUGGGCCUCCCUGACCGGUGUCAGCACGCGGCACACAUCAUCAAUGAGCUGAUUCUGACGGCACAGGAACGGGAUGGGUUUGGGAGCCUAGCCAUGACACGCGGAAAAGGGCGCACUAGAAGUGAAUGGAAUUAUUGUACAGGAGGAAUGCAGGAGAUCACCUACACCGUGCCAGCAGACAAAUGUGGACUCGUCAUAGGCAAAGGAGGUGAAAAUAUCAAAAGCAUAAACCAGCAAUCGGGAGCCCACGUGGAGCUCCAGAGGAAUCCGCCUCCCAAUACAGACCCUGGCGUGCGGAUAUUCACCAUCCGGGGCCUCCCGCAGCAGAUCGAGCUGGCCCGGCAUCUCAUCGAUGAGAAAGUUGGAGGAUCGGCCAUUGGAGCUCCGAGCAGCUUUGGUCAGAGUCCUUUCAACCAAGCCCAUGCGACACCUCAUCAAAAUGGUCCUCAGGCGUUCGUAACACAGGGAUGGGGUAACACUUACCAAGCAUGGCAGCAGCCUACCCAGCAGCUUCCAGGUCAGCAGAGCCAGCCGCAGAACGCGCAGCCCGAUUACAGCAAGGCGUGGGAGGAGUACUACAAGAAGCAGAAUCAAGCGGCCAGCGCCCCGUCUCAGCCAAGCUCCCAGCCCGACUAUACGAUGGCGUGGGCCGAGUAUUACCGACAGCAAGCUGCUUACUAUGGACAGUCACUGGGACAGACGCAAACCCACAGCCAGGAGCAGUAGAACAAUAAUCCGGGCGCUGUUUUAAUUUUUUUUGUUUGUUUUUUUUCCCUUGGAAUCAUUACAGAAGAACCUUAAUUUGUAACCGGUUUCUAGACUUGCAUAUGUUUUUGAUGAAGACUUUUUUUUUUUUUUUUUGUUUCUGUUUGUAAAACACUAGUGAUAUAGGGUUAAAUCUAUACUGAACUUUGCUAAGAAUCAGGAUUCUAUAAUAUACUAAAGAUAUAAAUGUGCUGGGAGUAUUUUUAUUCGUUUUACUUUUUAUUUUAUUUGUUUUGUACACAUUUCUUACCCUCGAAACGAAAAAAAAGUGUUAAAAUGAAUUCUUUUUUUUUUUUUUUUUUUUUUUUUUUGGAACAGAUCAGAUAUAUUGAAGAAAAAAAAAAAGAAAAUGUAAAACAAAAAAAAGGAAAUUCUGUAUAUUCCUCCACUGUGUAGCCCCUGCCCCCCCUUUUUUGGUGCUGAUUUUUUGCAACAUAUUUGUCUCAAGUCUUUUUUUAUUUUUAUUUUUUGUAGCAUUCUGUCUUUUCCAGACAAUGCAGCUUGGAGGUCUUAUCGACAUAUGAUGAUGAUGAUGAUGAUGAUAAUAGAAAAUUCUGUACACAGUUCCUGAAUUUUUUAAAUGUGUAUUUAAAUAUUCUUAACUGUAAAUUCAUUAAAUGUUUUACGUCUAAUUUUUUUUCUGGUAUUAUUGACUGUAUUUGAUUUUAUUGCAUAUUUUUCUUAUUUUUAAGAGAAGUAUCGAAUUAUGUUACUUUGGAAAUGAUUGCUCGUUCUAGAUGACAAAAAAAGAGAAUAUUAAUAAUAAUAAUAAUGCAAAUAUUUGAAUCUAUUUCUUGAGACAAGUAUUGUGUGUCGGGGGAUAAAAGGGGAGGGGGAGCAGGGUCAUUUUUGUAGGCUUUGUACAAUACCUAGGGUUUUGAAGGGUUAAUAUAAAAUAAAAAUUAUAUGAUUGUUAACCCUCCCCCCCCUUCCUUCCAGGUGGACGCGUAACACGUCGCGGUGCAAUGCGGUUGGCAUUCGGCUGGCAGGACGGGGUGGGGGGCAUUUUUUUAAAGCAAUGUUUAUCACUUCUGAAGAUGCCUCUGUAUAUCAGACUUCCAAGCUAUGACAGAAAUUUACUUUUUGUGCAGUCAGAAAUAAAUACUAUUAUUUUUAAUAUGAAAAAAAAAAUAAAAAAGUUUCAACUUGUGAGAAUCUUUAAAUGCAAAAAAAAAACACUGUGGAACAUUUAACAGUAAGGAAAAGUUUAAAAAAAGAAAAAGAAAAAAAAAAAAGAAUCGUAAUAACUAUUUUUUAACUCCAGGGUUUGUUCAUGUCCGCUUUUUGGUUUUGUUUUUUGUUUUGUUUUAAAUAUUUUCUUAUGUAAUUGUCAAAUUUAUCCUAGAAAAUAAAGACUAGUAUUAACCACAGUAUGUGCUAAAAAAUGAAAACUUUUGAUUUAAUAAAAGGGAUAUGAUUUUGAAUGUUUGUAGUUUUUAUUUUUUAUUUUGUUUUUGUUCUCUUGUACAGACUGAAAAAAACAAACGGAAUUUGAGCUAAUUUUUUGUGUGUGAGUGAAUCUAAAGUUUAAUCCUUGGGAACAUUCAGUUUAAAUUUUUUUUUUUAAUGUUGGGGGGUGACUUCUCUUAUAUUUUUUUUUUCCUUUUUAUUCCUAAAAUGUUUAACUAUUAAAACAAAUCCCAAUUGGAUGAUAUUAUGUUACGAGAUGUCUUAUCUGACAAUUGCAUUUUACACUCUAUAUAAUAAAAACACCACGAGGCUUCUUGUGGAUGAAAACGUU